AUGGCUGGGAAGCCCAAGCUUCACUACUUCAAUGGACGAGGCAGAAUGGAAACCAUCCGGUGGCUCUUGGCUGCAGCUGGAGUGGAGUUUGAAGAAGAACUUUUUGAAACACGUGAAGAAUUUGAAAAAUUAAUCCAAGGUGGAACUCUGCUGUACGACCAAGUGCCUAUGGUUGAGAUCGAUGGGAUGAAUUUGGUAGAAACCAGAGCCAUCCUCAGAUACCUAGCUGCAAAAUAUGACUUGUAUGGAAGGAACCUGAAAGAACAAGCCUGGAUCGACAUGUAUGUGGAAGGCUUGAAGGACUUGAGUGAUAUGAUUAUGUACUUUCCACUGUCUCUACCCGAAGAGAAGGAAAAGAAUCUCAACUACAUCCUAGAGAGAGCCACGACAAGAUUCUUUCCUGUUUAUGAGAAGGCACUAAGAAACAAUGGGCAAGAUUUUCUUGUGGGCAACCGAAUUAGUUGGGCUGAUAUACAACUCUUUGAAGUCAUCUUAAUGACUGAAGAGUGCAAAUCCGAUGUCCUCUUGGAUUUCCCUCUGCUACAGGAAUUUAAGGUCAGAAUGAGUCAUAUCCCCACAAUUAACAAGUUCCUCCAGCCUGGAAGUCAAAGGAAGCCCCCUCUGGAUGAAGACUCCAUGAAGACUGUGAAGAACAUAUUCAGAUUUGAACAUGGCAUGUUUCUUAAAAACAUGACCACGAUAGUAGCCGAGUAUUAG